AUGAGUGCCCUUGAUGGUGUCCCUUUCAAGGUGCCCAAGGGCUUUCUGACCAGCACAGAGCUUCUCCCUGGGCCAGAACUCAGUGUCCCAGCCUGCAGGGAGCUUCUGCUGGGUUCUAUGCACGACUUCAGCCUGGAGAGGAGGACCCUCUUCUGGGUGGAGGCUGUCAUCCGGGGACCCUGCCAGUUCCAGUGCGAUGCUCCCGGGACAGCGUCAGCCCCUCCAGCCUGGCUCUUGCUGGACAGCCCGGAAUGCGGGCGGGCGGCCGCGCCUGCUGUAGCCGCAGGCCCCAGGGCUGGACCCCAAGAGCAGCCCGAGGAAGAGGAGAAGAAGGAGGAGGAGGAGGAAGCCACGCCUGCCAGUGAGGAAAAGCCGGGGCCUUGCAGCCCCCAGCCCAGCGCUCCUGCGAGCCCCAGCCCGGGCCGUCACCGGUGCUCACUGCACGUGCUGCGAGGCGUGAGGUCGGAGCUGGCGGGUGUGCGGCAGAGGCUCUCCGAGGGCAGCACGGCCGCCCGCCCACGCGCCUUUCUGCAGCGCAUCCGCCACCGGGCGCGGAGCCUCUGUCCCAGCCCGGAGCCGCCCCAGAGCCCCGCGCCCCCGCCCCCGGGCCCCUGUGGACCCGCCCCGGCCCCGCGGCCCUCCACGGCUGGUGCCGUGCCCCCGCUGCGGAGCCACAAGCCCACGGUCGCGUCCCUCAGCCCAUACCCUUGCCUGCCACCUCUGGUGCGGGAGCCCCAGCCUGUCAUCGCCCACAGAUCACACCCUGAUUCUGCCGACCUGCUGUCCGCCCUCAGCCAAGAGGAGCAAGACCUCAUCGGGCCAGUGGUCGCCCUGGGGUAUCCCCUGCACAGGGCCAUCGUGGCUCUGCAGAAGACGGGGCGUCAGAGCCUGAGCCAGUUUCUCAGCUACCUUAGUGCCUGUGACCGGCUGCUGCGGCAGGGCUACGACGAGGGCCUGGUGGAGGAGGCCAUGGAGAUGUUCCAGUUCUCUGAGAGCCAGGCAGGGGAGUUCCUGCGCCUCUGGGAGCAGUUCAGCGACAUGGGCUUCCAGCCGGACCGGAUCAAGGAGGUGCUGCUGGUCCACGGCAACCGCCGCGACCAAGCCCUAGAGGAGCUGGUGGCCUGUGCCCAGUGA